AUGGAUUCCUUUUUCGGCUUCGAUACCAGUCUGCCGGAAGACAUCUCGGACGAGGAGGAGUAUGACGCCCUGAAUGACGAAACGUUCGGUGCGGCGGACAAGGGCGACUGGAAGGACAUCCACGAGCAUCUCGUGCGGCUGGAAAGUUGCAGGAAUGGGGGGCGAACCGGUUCCUUCCUUGGGGAGGAUGAGGACGACGGGGGCAGCAGCGACAACAACAACAGCGAGAGCGGCCGUAGCAGUGUGGUGGCCCAAAGCAUUGGCGAUGAGUUCGCGAACAAGCUAUGGCUGGAUCCGAGCAUCUGGGGUAGCCCGGCGAAGGUUCCGGCUCCGGUGCAGCCACCGUACAGCGAUUAUAGGCCCAGCGGUACGCCAUUUUCUGCCCUGCCAACACAGCAGAGCGCCUUUCGACCACCGGAACCGGCGCAUCCGAUCGGGGGAGGUGGCCUGCCGCCAAAACCGCCUCCCUCACUGCCACCGGGCUUGUUUCCACCCAUGAAGAUGCUGUCAGUGGAGGACAUUGAACGAACCAUCAUCCAGCAUCAGCAUCAGCAAAAUCAGCAUCAAAGUAUGCUGCAAAAGCAAAUGUCACAGCAGCAGCAGCAGCAACAACAACAACACCAACUCCAUUACCAUCACAACCAAUUUCACCAGCAGCAGCAGCAGCAGACACUGCAACCAUUCCGCACACCGGCACCGGUCCCGGCCCAACCACCACCACCAGUGAAAGCUCGCGAUCAUUUCACACCCGCCAAGGAGGUAAAGAGUAUGCAGCCGCCGAUCCCGAUGAUCUCCUCGCCAGUAGCAGCACCACCGUUACGGGUACCACCGGCGCUGCUCACCCCGCCGCUUUCGCUGCUGGGCGCCCGAAACGCCGGCCCCGCUGCCCUGUUCCCGCCCGGACCGUCGCAGGAUGCUGAACAACGCGAACCGUCUUCCGCUUGGUUUGCUGCCCGCUGCUCGUACGGUUCCCCGCUGCAAGGGUUUCUGGGUGGCCCCGGCCCGGUACAGAUGGGUCCGCCACCGCCGCUACCUCCUCGCCAUCCGGGACCAGCGCCGGGUGGGCCGCCGCCAUUUUUGAUGCAGCGCAGCCCGACGCCCCUGCCGACGAACCAGUUCAACCAGCGGCUGGUGCAGGAAAUUCAACAAAACCAUCCGCUGCUCGCGUUCAACCGACAGCUCGCUGCGGCCAGCACGCUCAGCGUUUGCGGCAAUGGCGUGAACAAAGCAGCCCCGCUAGUAGCCCUGCCAAGGGCGGGUUUUAUGAAGCAGCAGCACCAUUUCCAGCAGCAGCAGCAACGAUCCCGAGUAGGCAAUGGAAUGCCAUCGAGCACUGCAGGCGGCGGGCAGCCAGAGGAGCGCGAUGAGUACGCAAACAUGAUGAGCAAUCGCAACAAGCAGUGGCUAAUCGGGAUAAAGCUGACGCAGCUCAACUCGGACGCACCCUACUUUAACGAUUACUAUUUCACCGUGUACAAGCAGCGGCUGGCAGCGGCGAAGGGCGAGGGCGAUAAUAGGAUCUAUCGCGAAAAUCAGCUCAACCAUCCGUUCACCCAGCCGGAGGAGCAUGCCCAGCUGCUGUUACUGUCGCUGCUGUCGAAGAACGGCAAGAGCGGGCUGCUCGGCACGAACCGCGAACGUCGCAGUUCCGAAUCCCGCUCCAACCCGAACGGCGGUAGCGAGGGAAAGGAUGGCUCAGCGCCGACGGGUGGUGGUCGAGCGUAUACCCCGCUCCAAUUUCAAAAUUCGCUCGGCAAGCUGCAGUGCGGUAGUGUGAUAGCGCCGCGAAAGCUCAUCGACGCCGACGUGAUGGGCAGCGACCAGCUGAACGGAAAUGGCGUGCCGGCACUUGAACCGCCGCCCGCCGCUAUCCAGCGCAAAGCUCGCCAUGUGCUGCUGCUUAUCGAGACGCUGUACAAGUUGGUGCUCAAGCUGGAAGAUCUCGGCAAUCCCGUUGCGAUCGAAGCGAUGAAAGCGCUGCGCGAAAAGAAAAUGCGCAAGCGAACCAGCAGCACCGGCAGCGGCAGCGGUGUGGCGUGUUUGUCAGAAGCGGGCGCCAAGAUUGGCAACGCAUUGAUAAUUAAUCCGAAUUGGUAA